AUGUGCUGCUGCGACGAGGACAUCAUCGCCCUCAUCUGCGUGGGCAUCCCGAUGAUCGCGUACGCGGUGGUAGUCGGCUUUCCGGGGAGAGACCCCAGCAAGGUUGGAGCGGCAUUGAAAGAGUGUCUCAGUAACAAAAAUGGUAAGAAUCUUCUGGCCUGCAUCAGUGAGAAGGGGGAUAACUACGGCGGCCUCUUCCUCUUCAUAAUGAUUGUGGCCGUGAUCUGCAUCAUCUACAGCAUCGUCGUCCAGAUCCUCAAGUGCGUCCUCUGCUGCUGCAGCUGCUGCUGCUGCGGGUGCUGCGGGUGCCUCGACUGCUUCCUCAAGUACGCGUUCCGCAUCGGGGUCGGAGUCGGGUACCCCUCGCUCGCGGACUUCCUCACGUACCUGAUCACCUCCGUGCUGGCGAAGAACGGGAACAAUGGUAACGAUAAGUCGUUCAGCAACACCGUGGGCGGCUACAGCGGGCUGUCGAUGGUCUCCCUCGCGGCCGGCUGGGCCUUCACCGUGGUCAUCGGCUCGUUCUUCAUCCACAAGGACAGCUGCGGGCUGAAGUUCCUCGGGCUCAUUCUGGGCUGCAUCGUCGCCUUCGUCGUCAUCGCGGCCAUCGUCCCGGCGGGCCCCCGCGGCCUUCUUGAGGGCCCCUCCAACAAGUGGGCGGGCGUGGUCCUCGGGCUCGUCGAUGUGGUAGUCUUCACAGCCAUGUACGCCGCGGCGCUCUGCUGCCUGGGCGGCGGGUGCUGCAAGUAA